AUUCGAAGUAUAAAUACGCAGUUAGGGUAUUGAGAAGUCUUACAGUGCAAGGAAAAACGCUACGGAAUUAAUGUGCCUCACAAUAUUUUCGAAGAACAGGAUGAAAACUCCCGUGUUUAUCGCAUGUCUUUGUGUAGUGGUCUACGCCACCAAUCCAGAAGUAGUGACACAUAUCCACGACACCGUUGCAAAAUGUUCCGAGGAAUUAAACAAACAGCCGACUGAAUCCGAGACAAUCCAUUGUCUUCUUCGCAAGGAAAAUGUGAUCGAUGAACAGGGAAAAUUUAUAUUAGAAAAGGGUUUAGAUAUACUUGAUGAAAUUAUAUCUGAUGAAACCAAAAGAAACCAAGCAAAGGAAACCGUCCACAAGUGCUAUCCCACACUCGAGAAGGAGACAGCAGAUCUAUGUCUGACACAUGGGACAUGGCUGUGUGUGCGUGCCAGCGCAUCCUCUCCACACGCCUAA